AUGUCGGACCCUGAGGAGGAGAGCCAGGACCGGCAACUGAAAAUCGUCGUGCUGGGGGAUGGCACCUCCGGGAAGACCUCCUUAACUACAUGUUUUGCUCAAGAAACUUUUGGGAAACAGUACAAACAAACUAUAGGACUGGAUUUCUUUUUGAGAAGGAUAACGUUGCCGGGAAACCUGAAUGUUACUCUUCAAGUUUGGGAUAUAGGAGGACAGACAAUAGGAGGCAAGAUGUUGGAUAAAUAUAUCUAUGGAGCACAGGGAAUCCUCUUGGUAUAUGAUAUUACAAAUUAUCAAAGCUUUGAGAAUUUAGAAGACUGGUAUUCUGUGGUGAAGAAAGUGAGCGAGGAGUCAGAAACUCAGCCACUGGUUGCCUUGGUGGGCAAUAAAAUUGAUUUGGAGCAUAUGCGAACAGUAAAACCUGAAAAACACUUAAGGUUUUGCCAGGAAAAUGGUUUUAGUAGCCACUUUGUCCCAGCAAAGACAGGAGACUCUGUCUUCCUGUGUUUUCAGAAAGUUGCUGCUGAAAUCCUUGGAAUCAAAUUAAACAAAGCAGAAAUAGAACAGUCACAGAGGGUGGUGAAGGCAGAUAUUGUAAACUACAACCAGGAACCUCUGUCAAGAACUGUUAACCCUCCUAGGAGCUCUAUGUGUGCAGUUCAGUGAGCGAACUUUACCUUUGUACCAGUGGUCCUGGCGGCCCUUCACCCCGUGUGGCCUGGGCCUCUAGGAGCUCUGUUAUGAGUGGCCAUCUCUGUAG